AUGCUUACCAAAGCCAAUAUUUUAUUAAUCUGCAACCUUCAACUGCUCUUCGCUUAUCCAGCGAGCAAUUGGACCGUUCCAGGGGUUUCGAAUGUAAGCUUCAUUGUAGACAAAAUCAACGCUGAGCGCAGAAUUAAUGCCUUUGUUAUCAUCAACGCUUACGACACCAGCGAGAGUUGUUUGAGCGAUGAAGAUGUGAGAAGACUCAGUGCUAACACUACCGUUAAAUUAUUGCGACCCUCCAGUAAGUGCUCAAACUCCAGCGGCGACGAUAAUAGAGAAUUGCUUUUGAUACGCUGCAUACCGGAGAACUUCAAACCCGAGCUAUUCGAAGCAAUGAUCGGUUGCAGUGCAAGAAAGCGCGACAUACGGAUGCUCUUCAUUUGGAACAGCGAGUAUGCCACAGCAACAAUGCAAAGUCGUUUGAAGUUGGAUAAACAGCAGAAGUUGAUCUUCGAGUAUUGCGCAAAGAUGAAUUUGCUGAAUGUGAUUGGCAUUUACAGGGACUAUCUGAGCGAGGGACACUUCUACACCUUCAGCUAUUUUCCAGACUUUCACCUUGAACGAAAGCCGCUAAGCGAGGAUUGUUUUCCCGAUCGUAUCAGCGACCUCAAAGGCACCGCCAUACGCUGUAUACCCGACCAAAUCCAUCCGUGGAGUAUUGUUUGGGCCGAUCAUAAUGAGAACGUACAGAUCGGUGGUUUUCUCACCAAACUUUUGCAGCAAUUUGCAACACGCAAUAACGGCACACUCACCUUUCCAGUGACAGUGGUACCAAAUCGGUUUGUUGACAUACAAUCGUGGUUGCCGCUCUUUCAAAAUAAUACCAUCGAUAUGGUUUGCGGUAUUAUUGGUUCACUUGGUGAGAAUCCUUAUCUCGAUGAAUCCGCCACGAUUUUCCCAGUAGAUUGGAUCAUUAUGUUGCCCAUACCGCAACGUAUGGCGGACAGCGAGGUUUACCUGUAUAUGCUCAACUCAGCGCUGGGCUUGUUUCUACUCAUACUACUCUUCGUGUUCUCUUUUGUGCUCACUUUGGAAAGCCUACUGCUACAGCGUCAUACAAAGCGUGAAGGCUGCUUGCUCUUCAUCUCGUUUCUCACCAACACGGUGCUGCGUGGCGUUAUUGGUCAACCAACCAGUCUGCGUGUUCCUCAUUCUGUUCGGCACUUGAAACGUUUUCUAUACAUCACACUCUUCGUAAGUGGCAUUUUCAUGAGCACAUUUAUAUCUGCCAGCCUACAAUCGUAUCUUACGAGUAGUCUACGAUAUCCUCGUAUAAACAGUUUUGCCGAGCUUAGGCGCGCAGGAAUGAAGGUGAAAAUAAGUCGUUAUGAAUAUACAUUACUGCCCGCAUAUUUCGAGCCGAAAACUCUUAAAUGGUUGGAGCGAGUAUUUACAGUGGUACCCUCAUUUGAUGAACUACAAAAUCAGCGUAUAAAUUUGAAAAACCGCUUCGCAACAACAAUAAUCAGUCCUUUGUGGUCUGUUGUGUCGCGAUAUCAAUCGAACUUACCACAGCCAGCUUUCUAUACUAGCAAAAACAUUUACAUAAGCAAAGGUAUCCCCAUAGCCGUUCCAAUACAAAAACAUUCAAUCUAUAAGAAAACGCUGAAUAAGAUGAUCUAUAAUGCGCACAGCGUGGGCCUAACACAACUAUGGUCCAAUCAGGUCUACGAUGAUAUGUUGGCGGCGAAAAAGUUGAAUACAACCGUUAAUCUGGUGAGUAGAAGGAAAGAACAACUCGAGGUGAGGGACCUCUAUUGGUUGUGGUGGUUGUAUGGCGUUGGUGUGCUGUUGUCGACUUUGGUAUUUUUCGCUGAACUUUGGUAUCAUAAAAGAAGCACGAAGAAGGCUAACCGUGAGCAGAGUGAAGAGAAUGAGCGGGUUGAGCAGUAUGAACUGAAUAUGCAGACCUUCAGGAGAGUUGCUUUAAGGCGCCAAUUGCGGGAUUAG